AUGGCGUAUCAGGUCACCACCGCGUCUCUCACCCCCUCCCGCCCAGCACCCGCCGCUCCCAUCCGCCGUGGCAACGACGUCCAAGCCGCGCUCGCUAGCUCCGGCUACGGCUCCUCCUUCUCAGUCGGCACGUCGUCACCCUCCGGCUCUUCCUACGCGUCCUCUUACUCAGGCAUUGGCGGCUCCCCCAACCGCAACUCUGACAUGGUCAACUCCUCCAACAUCGUCCGCUGCGGCACCGUUCUUGUCAAGGAGGAUGGGCUCGUAUCCUGGCUCUGGCGGCCCAAGUGGUUGGUCCUGAAAGAGCAGACGUUGUCGAUACACAAGAGCGAGUCUUCGCCCCAAUAUCAAAGCCAGAUCCUGCUGUCCGAAAUCGCAAACAUCGAGCGGACAGAUUUGAAGCCUUAUUGCCUCCUCCUCGAAGUCAAGGAGAAGCGCAUGUUUUUCUCACUGAAGAGCGACGAGGAACUUUACGGAUGGCAAGACGACAUUUACUCACGGAGUCCUCUCAUGGGUGUGAGCAACCCGACCAACUUCGUGCACAAGGUCCACGUUGGGUUUGAUCCCAACUCUGGAGCUUUUACGGGUCUGCCCGAUGCAUGGAGCAAGCUACUCACAAAGUCCGCCAUCACCCGAGAAGACUACGCAAAGGACCCCCAGGCUGUCCUCGAUGUCCUGGAAUUCUACACGGAUCACCAGAAGCGGGAGAUGGAGGAGAGCAUGGGAUACGCACGCAACCAGGGUUCGUACUCAUCAUCGUCCACCCUCACCCCGUACUCCGACACCUCGAGCGCACCACGAUUCAACGCGGGUACCGGUUUCGGCGGGGCUGGGAUCCCGAAGACUUCCACGUCGUCCGACCGUCCAUCGAUCAAACGUCAAGACUCGGCCCCUGCACACCUCAACGGCGACGCCGUCAACGGCACCCAAGCUGCUCUUGCCCGCGCCGCGGAGGUCGUCAACGGCUCACAUUUGCACCAUGCCAACACCGUGUCCGCCGCGCAGACAAAUGCGAACAUGCGGAACCCGAUCCCUCCGAUGGGCGCCCCCGGCCAGCUGCAGGCGUCGCGCCCGGCUCCCCAGCGUCCCCUGCUCUCAGCGAACCGGCCCGCGCCAUCGGCACCGGCCAAGCCCCCCCUCCCCGACCACUCUCCCUCGUCGGCAGAACUCCGUCUGCGGGCAAAGGCCCAGGGCCCGCCCACGGAGGGGAUGACCAAGCCGCCAGGUCUCAUGCAGCCGGAGCGCAAAGAGUCGCUGGACCGCCAAGGCGGCGGACCACGGCCACCCAUGGCUCCCGCGAAGUGCGACGGUCGGCCCCCCACCUGUCAAGCCUCUUCAACCUGCGAAGAAGCCGAUGGGUCCCAAGGACCAGCCGCGGUCACUAUCACGGGAAGCGGCGACGACGAGCGGAACGGCAGCGUCGCAGCUGCGGCCGCUGCGUUGGAGAAGCCGAAGGUGGAGAAGGAGAAGCGGAUCAGCACGAUGAACGAGGCGCAGAUUAUGGAGAAGCUUCGGAGUGUCGUCAGCGCCGACGACCCGAAGUUGCUGUACAGCAAGAUCCGCAAAGUUGGCCAGGGUGCUUCGGGACAUGUUUACGUCGCGAAGCUUAUCGUGAACGAGAUUCUCGUCAUGAAGGAGUCCCAGCACCCGAACAUCGUCAACUUCCUCGACUCGUACCUCGUCAAGAACAACGAGCUUUGGGUCGUCAUGGAGUACAUGGAGGGCGGUGCGCUCACUGACAUCAUCGAGAACAACACGCUGGAGGAGGACCAGAUUUCGAGCAUCUGCUUGGAGACGUGCAAGGGUCUCGGUCACCUGCACAGCCAGUCCAUUAUUCACCGUGACAUCAAGUCCGACAACGUGCUUUUGGACGCGCAGGGUCACCCGACUUCGGUUUCUGCCAAGCUCACCGAUCAGAAGAGCAAGCGCGCGACGAUGGUGGGCACUCCGUACUGGAUGGCCCCCGAAGUCGUCAAGCAAAAGGAGUACGGCGCAAAGGUCGACAUUUGGUCGCUUGGUAUCAUGGCCAUCGAGAUGAUCGAGAACGAGCCGCCCUACCUUGAUGAGGAGCCUUUGAAGGCGCUGUACCUCAUCGCGACGAACGGCACGCCCACGCUCAAGAAGCCCGACGCGCUCUCACGCGAACUCAAGGGCUUCCUCCGUGCGACCGCGGACGAGCUGCUCGAGCACGAGUUCCUGAAGAAGGCCUGCGCGCUCUCCGGCCUCGCGCCCCUGCUCCGCUUCCGCAACAAGCAGGCAUCAUGA